AAGCUGACUGACUCUGAAAGACACAAAGAGACAGUGAAUCCUGGUCAAAUGUUUUCACCCAUCGAGAUGUCUGCACAAAUUCAAGCUGCUGCAAAUUUCAGAGUUAAAUACAGCAGAAGGUUUCACAAUGAUGUACAAGGGAGAGAACUCAGCCAGCUGGAUAUGUUAGAUGAUGGGCAACAGCAUGAUGUCAAAUCACACGAAGCUGAUGAAAACACCCAAAAGAAGCUUCCAACGGUGAAAAGAAGCUGUGUCACGGCAUUCAAAGUGAACCUUGGAGUGCUGUAUCUUCUCACUAUGGCUGGAAUCACAGCACGCUAUGUUUUAGUCACUUUGGAAAAAGAGCAGCUGCAGAAUCGAACCAACAAACUGAUCAACAUUUACAGCCAUCUCGAAGAAAAAGUCUUUGAUGACAACAGCCAGCUACAGAGCAGUUAUGAUGCCCUGACUAAGAACUACAGCCAGCUAAAGGCCAACCUGAAAGUCAUGGAAGCCAACAACAAUCACCUACAGGAAGAAGUGAAGCAGCUGAAGGACAAGAUUGAGACUCUGACACAGAAAAAACUUCAGUUUAACACAAGGAAGAGUCCUGAGGAAUGGACGAGAUUUGCAAGCCACUCUUACUUUAAAUCCACUGAGAGGAAAACUUGGUCUGAGAGCAGGAGAGACUGUCAGGAUAAAGGUGCUGAUCUGGUGAUGAUAAACAGCAAAGAGGAACAGCAAUUUGUUAGUGAACUGAACAUGGGUGGAGAGUCCUGGAUUGGACUGCAAGCCAUCAAAAAACGGAUAUCGAGAUUUGUUUUCAAAUGGGAAUGGCGAUGGAUGAAUGGAUCACCGCUUCAAGAAACGUUCUGGGCACCAGGACAGGAGGAUGGCAGUCCAGAUUACAAUGCAGCAUGUUGUGAUAUAAAUGGAAAAUGGAUCAAACGUUAUGGAUCAAAGACCUUCAUCUGUGAGAAAUGAGUUUGGUGCUUUGAUGUAAAUGUUUGAAUAAUCCAACCAAAGACACCUCACUAUGAAAUGUCCUGCAUGAGCCUCAGACUCAGCUCACAGUUGUUACUUGUUCAUUCUGCAUCAUAUAUUGAUUACAUAUAUUGUCCCUCUGUGCUCUGUGCU